ACAGACGGCCGAUCAGUGCAAGUGCAGCAGCAGAAACGGCAACAGCCGCAGCGGACAUGGACUCAUAUGAGAACAGUAUAGACGCCGACCUGCCAGAUUUUAAUGUGUUGUUGAAAGAGGAGGAUGAUUCAAUAGAGAAAAAGGAGCAGCUGCAGGUACAGGAGCUAAGCGAUUGGCUAGACGCCAAUCCGUAUAUAAAUGGAUGUAAGGCCUAUGACAGUUUGCACUUUUUCUUGCGCACCUGCAAAUUCGAUGUUGAACGCGCCAAAAUGAAACUAAAAACAUUUUACCAAAUGCGGGCCGAGCGUACCGAAUGGUUUGACAAUUGCGAUCCCAUGUUGCCCGAAAUACAGGAACUGCUCACAUUGGGCGUCUUUUUGCCCGUCGAUGGGGUCGACGAUCAACAGCGGAAGGUUGUUAUUAUACGGACGGCAGCGCACGAUCCCAAGCGCCAUAGUCAGAACAAUGUGUUUAAGACAAGCAAAAUGAUAUUGGAUUUGCUAUUAAAGUUUGAGCCAGACAACUGUGCUCGCGGCAUCGUUGCCAUCAUGGAUAUGCAGGGUGUCCAAUUGGGUCAUGCACUGCAGCUGAAUCCCAAGCUCAUUAAGCGUUCCGUUGAGAGUUGGACGGCAUAUCCAUGUCAGCCCAAGAUUUUGGAAUUCACCAAUGCCCCGCGUCACGUUAACCUAUUUUUAAAUACAUUUCGGGUCUUCAUGACGACUAAGAUACGAUCCCGCGUCGUAGUGCGACGCGAGGGAACAAUGGUAAAGUGCAAGCAAUUGCCAAUGGACUUGGGUGGGCAGGGGCCCAGUUACAAAGAGCUGGCUAUGAAGUGGAAGCGAUUGCUCGAACAGAACGCCGACUUCUAUGUGGAGCAAGGCAAAUAUAAAAGCCUAGUCAAGCGAUAAGCGUCCGAUUAGCUAAAUACAAUUAAGAUUUCAAGCAAACAUAUUUACAAUAAUGUAUAUAUGUACAUAUGUUGUAUAUAGUAUAAAAAUACUUUCAGUAUGCGAAUUAUGGCUGUUAAUCCGAUAAUGUGUACAAAUGGCGUUGUGCUUUUUUUAUGGUCCGUUCAAGCUUUAGACAAUGCUCACUUCAUAUUCACAAAUAUUUAUUUAUGUUUUAUCAUCAUCAUUAGUUUCGCUUUGCUGAAAUGCGUUCAGGUUUCUCUUAUCGUUCACAUUCGUAGAAUUAAAUUGAAC